CAACAACAACACCUUACAUCACUAAAUAACCAAGCACACAUGUUCAGUAGUAUUUUUUUUUUGUGAAAUGAAUCGUUAUUUAUUAGAAAUUUCAUACAUUGGAACAAGAUUUCGAGGCAUACAAAAAACAGUAAAUAAAUUAGAAGAGGCACGCUUAGACACGACAACAAUACAGGGCUGCAUAGAACUGGCACUGGGUGUCUUUAGACCGGUGAAUGAAAUACAGACCGUAUUAUCAAGUAGAACUGAUGCUGGAGUACAUGCUUUACAUUCAACACUGCAUGUAGAUUUGCAGCGUUAUGAUGGUAAUCCAUAUAAUGCCUCAUCUAUGAUUGGAGUACUAAAUCGUACUUUAGAUAAACAAAGUUUAGCUAUACGAGUUUUGAAUACCCGAAUUGUACCAAAUACCUUUCAUUGCCGCUAUAGCGCCAAGGGCAGAACUUAUUUAUAUCGUAUUGCGGUGGCCAAGCAAGGUAUCUGUGAGGCCGGUAGUUUGAAGAAUAGAAAUUUCGAAGCAUAUUUACCUGUUGAAGAAUUAGAUCGCUGUUUUUUUGUGCAAAAUGGUGCCUUUGAUAUUGAGCGCAUGAAAGCAGCUUCGCGAAUGCUAUUGGGUCGCCAUGAUUUUCGUACAUUUAUGUCGGUAAGUCGUCAAAAGGGUCCAUCACGUGAUCAUCCCAUGUUCACGGUGCGAAAUAUUGAUGAAAUCAAUAUAAAACCAGGAAAAACAACAGCCGUUGGUCCCAACGGUAUCUUAGCGGAAGAUAUUUACGAUUAUUGGGACAUUGAAAUAAAAGCCAAAUCAUUUAUUUACAAACAAGUGAGACGCAUGGUGGGUGCACUUGUAGCGGUGGCCACAAAUCGCAUUAAUGAAAAGUGCAUGUAUGAAAUGAUAACUAUACCGUCCAAGCAUAAUUGGGAUCCACGUAUUCUAUUGGCUCCCGCCUUUGGUUUAUAUUUGUGUCGAGUGCAUUACAAUGAAGAUGAUUUGAAAUUAGAAAAAUAA